AUGGUGGAAGUUGAGCGAUUUGUGGAGAUUAUGGAGGUCCCUGAGGAGAAAAUCGUUAAGAUGGUAGCUUUUCGUUUGAAAUCUACAGCUGCUGGCAACCGAUCAGUGUCGGACUACACCCAUGAGUUCAUGAAACUAGUCGAGCGCAACAAUUUGAUCGAAUCUGAAAAUCAGAAAGUAGCCAUGUAUAUUAAUGGACUGAAAAUUGCUUUACAAGAUAAAAUUGGGUUGCAGAAUCUUUGGACUUUACAGGAAGCCAUUAACAUGGCAUUAAAGGCUGAGAUGAUUGGAGUUGAGAGAGCGGCGACCAACUAUCGUAGGGCUGCCACACCUAUUGAACAACCACUAAACAAUGCUAUUGACAAAGGAAAAGCGAUUGAUAGCUCAUCUAGUUCCCAGAACAAGGCUAAUAUAGAAGGAGGCAACACCAAAUUUGCUAAUAGAGGAAUAGGGCGACUUCCACCUCAAAGGGAGAAUCCAUAUGCCAGACCUUCAGUUGAUAUUUGCUACAGGUGUCGAAAAUCUAGACAUUGCUCCAAUAAUUGUCCAGAACGAAGACAAGCUAACUUGGUGGAGCGUGAGGCGUUUUCAGAGGUAGAAGAAAAAGUGGCGGAUGAAGGUGAUUAUGAUGGAGUAGAGUUUUCUGUUGAGGAAGGAUUGGAGAGACUAAACUUGGUGCUGCAACGAGUCCUCUUGUCACUAAAAGAAGAGGGACAGAGACAUAACAUAUUCCAUUCGCUUUGUUCCAUUAAGAAUAAAGUGUGCGAAGUGAUUGUGGAUAAUGGAAGCUGUGAGAACUUUGUAUCAAAGAAAUUAGUAAGUAUGUUACAGCUACCAACUGAGAACCAUCCCAAUCCAUAUUCCCUUGGUUGGGUGAAGAGGGGGCCUUCUGUUCAAGUUACUGAGACGUGUAAAGUACCGCUCUCCAUUGGAAAACGUUAUAAGGAUGAGGUGAUAUGUGAUGUCAUUGACGUGGAUGCAUGCCAUAUUCUUUUGGGUCGCCCUUGGCAGUUUGAUGUUGAUGUUGACUCUACUUUCCGGGGACGUGACAAUGUGGUGUUAUUUAUGUGGGACAGCUAUAAGAUCGCUAUGGCUCCUCUCAAACAGACGGGAAGUGCGAACAAACAAAGGUCAGAAAGUUUUCUUACUCUCACAAGCAACGAACAAGAAAUUGUGAAUUUUGCAAGGCACUCUGACUGCAUCUGCCCAAUAGUGGUAAAAGGGCUUAUGGUGGUUGGGAAGGAAGGAGACAUGGUUCCAGUUGAAGGACAACAAAUAUUAAAUGAUUUUCAGGUUUUGAUUUCAGAUGAGCUCCCAAAUGAAUUGCCUCCUAUGCGAGAUAUCCAGCACCAGAUUGACCUCAUGUCAGGAGCAAGCCUUCCAAAUUUGCCUUACUACAGAAUGAGUCUGAAAGAGAAUGAAAUUUUGAGAGAGCAGAUUGAAAACUUAUUGAAGAAGGGGUUUAUCAGAGAGAGCAUGAGUCCUUGUGCAGUCCCCGUUUUGUUGGUGCCUAAGAAAGGAGGGACUUGGCGCAUGUGUGUUGAUAGUCGCGCCAUCAAUAAAAUAAUUGUGAAGUACAGGUUUCCUAUUCCACGACUUGAAGACAUGUUGGAUGUACUUUCGGGGUCUCGUAUGUUUACAAAGAUAGACCUUCGUAGCGGCUACCACCAAAUUCGAAUCAAGCCCGGGGACAAGUGGAAGACUGCAUUCAAAAGUAAAGAAGGGCUCUACGAAUGGUUGGUAUUGCCCUUUGGGUUGACCAACGCUCCUAGCACCUUCAUGAGAUUAAUGAACCAGGUACUUAGACCUUUCAUUGGCUCUUUUGUUGUUGUGUAUUUCGACGAUAUUCUCAUUUACAGCAAGAACAAAGGAGAGCAUCUCACUCAUUUGAGACAAGUCCUGGAUGUGUUGAAAGAAAAUCAGCUUUAG